AUGAGCCCAAGCAUGUCGAGCAUCAAGUCGCCCACCAUCCUACUCAACGAGAGCAACUGGAAUCAAUGGCGGACUUACAUCCGAGGCCGGCUCCUCACCAAAGGCAUUUGGUACGUCAUGGAGGGGAUGUCGAAAAACAAAACACGGAGCGGGGAGACGAAAGACGACGCACGCGAUCGAUACUUGUCGGACUCCAAUAAGGCCUACGGGAUCAUCAUCGAAGGAAUCGAGGCCAACCAGUACCAAUACAUCGAGGAUGCUCAAUUGGCCACAGAGGCGUUCACCGCCCUGUCCAACCACCACGAACCGAAAUCGCAAAUUGACCGAGACGCUACCUGA